AUGGAGCAAGUCGGCAGCGAACGAGUCGUUCUUGGCACAGUGACGCGCGCGUAUCGAUUGCAGUCACUGCAUAGUGAUACGUCUCGCAGCACCGCAGCCUCGGACACGACAUGCCUUGUCUUUUUCUACGACAAAUGGGCGACCAAGAUGCAGUUCCUGAAGCAUCAUUACAAGGUGCAAAUUCGUGGACGCGGACUGGUAAUGUUGGAGUGGGAAGCUGGCGUGGAGACGGAAGAGCGUGUCCAGUGCCUCGUGGUUGCAGAAAAACACGUGUUGAAAAUGACACUGGACCGACGACCGCAGCUGUUUACGUUUCCACAUCGGCUGGACGUUGAAGUGACGUAUGAAGAACCUCAACGUCUGCCCCGUUCGGAUCAGCUGCGGUAUCGCUCGCCUCAGACGAUAGCCACUCGAGACUUGCACACGGGAACACCCGCAGAGCAGACUCGGACUCAAACAGUGCAGGCAUUACCGGAAAAGACAUUCAACCGUGGAAAACGCACGCUUGACAAAGCCAAGGCAACAUCGCCAGCGUACCGGUACACAUCCUUGGCUGAGUUGGUAUCUGGGUACGCUGACAUCUACGGCGUUGUCGCGAACGUGACACUUCCCAAGAAAACCAGCGGACGCGAUUUCGUCAUGACUAUAAGCGUGAUGGACGAGAGUUGUCCUACACGCGCUCAAGCUAUCCAGAUCAAUGUCUUCUGGCCCACAAUUGCGCAGAUGCCUAAAAUUAAGUAUGUCGGAGACAUCAUUCGUUUCCACAAGGUCAAGAUUCAAGAGUAUCAGGGCAAUAUCCAAGGUCUCAGCGUACCACGCGCGACUCGAUAUCUUGUUCUCCGAGAGACCGAUGACCGAAAACUCGAGCAGCUCACUUGCUCGGAGACAUGGACCUUUGAGCCUUCUGACGAAGAGCGUACCCGCCAACUGAUACAAUGGGCCAAGAAGGUGUUAGCCAAGGACGUCUCGUUGCCUCCAGGAUGUCCACAGGCACCGAAGCUCCUCACCGAGCUGAAAGUCGCAGAAGACUUUAUCGACCUGGUUGUGCGCGUGUUGCACCUGGAUGACACGACGGAGCCGACUCGACUCAUUGUGUGGGACGGUUCAGGCAACGUAGCCGAGUCAGACUCAACUCUAGUGCGUGCGUUGCGGGACAACGGCACUGCUGUGCCAGCCAGCGGCAUCUUGAAGGAAGUGAUCAUGUCGUCUUGCUGGUCUGUCCUGCGUGAUAUCGGGUUCGACGACGGAAUGCUCACACACUGGUGUCGUUUCCGCAAUCUAGCGGUGGGAAUCGACGAACCCAUUCCCGGGGCUGCUACCACGACGAGGUCAAGAGAGGUCCUGCGGUUUCGCGAGGUGACGUCAUUUGUGCUGAUGCCUGAGUUCAUGCCUGACGUCCAGUACCGUCUUUCGCUAGUCGAUAAGGCUGAAACGAAAGCAGGCGGUUGUCGAUCUCGUGUGCUUGCCCCUCGUGAGCGACGUCUCUCCAGUGAACGUCAAAGCUUUGCAACAGAUAGUCCAGUUGAAGUUACCACGGUGAUCCCUGAUUAUGUCCACAGGAACGUUCCGGCGACUCCGGUGCGAGAGAUCAUCAGCUCGCCACACACUCCGCGGAAGUUUCAUUGCUGUGCUCGUGCUCGCAGUAUGUGGCCAUCUGCUAUCGACAAGAUCUGCAAACCAAAGCCUGGCAAGAACAACGGGUUCAUUUAUUCGUUCGCUCUGACGAUCCAAGAAGGACACGAUACCCUGAACGUAAUCGUGUAUGGCACGGACGCGGAAUACUUCUUGCACGGCAUUCCCCCGUGCGAUCUCAGCAAAAGCACCAGCUCCAAGACAUUGUUGAAAAAGCGUAUGGCUGCGCUACUGCAGACUCCCAACGCCUUCCAUUGGUGCAUCAAGUCAUACUCCGUAUCGUUGCCACCUGACACGAACCAUCCUCUCGGUCCAACAACCGCAGUUCGGUAUCGCUUGUUUAACACAUUGCUGCAAUGCUUGUAA